AUGACAACACUAACCAGCCCGCUUCCACUGGCCGCAACGGCCAGCAUCAUUGCCUCUGCAUGGGCAUCUGGCGCCGGCGCCGCCAUUUCCUUCUUCACCAUCACACCCAUUCUCCAGUCCUCUGCGCCGCGCGAGGUUCUUCUCCAGCAAUGGCACCUGGCCUACAACCUGGGCAAGUCAUACAUGCCACCGGCGGCAGGGGCCAUUGCGGCAUCGUACCUGGGCGUGGCGUGGACCGUGGCAAAGCACCCGGCUCAGUACGGGGGCGGAAGCGGCGAGUGGCGCGGAUUCGCGGCCGCGGCGGCGCUCAUGGUGGGCAUUGUUCCGUUUACGCUCUUGUUCAUUAUGCGGACGAUUCGCGAGCUCGAGGGCUUGAUGAUUGCCGGGGAUGCCAAAGAUACCGACAGUAAUACUCGGGAGAGCGACAGGGACGAGGUCCAGGCCAUGGAAGAGGCGCGGAGGCUUUUGACUCGUUGGAGUAGGUUGAAUUUUGCGCGGGCUAUGCUCCCGCUGAUUGGGACUGGAUUUGCAGUCUGGAACUUGUCAAAAGUCUUGUCUGCAUGA